AAAACAUAACCUACAAAUCAUUCGUUGUAUUUCGUAGUACGUGAUGAUAUAAUCGAGUGAAAAUUGGUGAAAAUGUCCUUAAAAAGAAAAUUGACGCAGGACGAUCUGCGUAAAGCGAUGAAUGAACACAAGAAGAAAUUCGGAAUCGUUAAAAAGAUCGACUCACCGUUGGCAAAAUAUUCAGAUUCAGGACAACUUAUGUGUAUUUUAUGUAAAUCAGUGGUACGGAAUGAAACAAUUUGGCCUGUUCACUUAAAUUCCAAGAUACACAAAGAUAAUGUUGCGUUAGCAAAAAAGACUAAACUAGAAACAGAAAGUACUGUAAAAACAUCUAAUGUUCAAACAUUCAAAAGGCCUCCAUCUCCAUCUCAAAAUACUUCCCCAAAUAAAAAGAUAAAAGGAAUAUUGAAAAAUUCUAGCCAGCCAGUGGUACAGGCCAAGUCAAAUUUACCAGCAGAUUUUUUUGAUGAUAAUUCAAAGAAAGGUAACAAUGCAUCUGUUCUAACGCAAAAGUUAAAGAGCAAAGAGAAAGAUUCCACAGUUAAUACUACGGAUGUACAACAUGUUGAAGAGGAAGAAAAAGAGAAAGAAAAAGAAAAAGUAAAGGAUACGAAUCAAGCUGUUCUUCCAGAAGGAUUUUUUGAUGAUCCAGUGAUGGAUGCUAAGGUUCGUAACGUUGAAUACAAAGACCCCAUUGAAGAAGAAUGGGAGAAAUUUCAAAAAGAAAUUAAGGAAGAAACUGCGCAAUCUGCACAAAUUAUAGCUGACGAUCAGGAGGAAGCAACAACAGAAAGACAAUUAGAUGAAAUUGAGGAACAAAUUAGGCAUUGGUCUAGGGUAAUGGAUCUCGCAAAAUGUAUGGAACAAGUGCAGGGUACCGAUAGAAAACAAGAAAAUAUUGAUGAUGAUGUAUCAAGUGGUGAUGAAGCCGAGUUCGACGAGUUUCUCGAUUGGCGAGCAAAGAAUUCGUAUAAAUAA